GUGUGCUGUCGCGGGAAGGCGUCCCCAUUCGUGCAGUGGCCCCUGAGCUUCAUCAUUCUCGGCUUCCCUGGAUGCGGAACAACCAGCAUGAUCAGGGCACUGGAGGCCCACAAGAGUGUGUCUGUUCUUCGGCGUGACCGGUAUGGGAGGCCAUGGAACGGCACCGAAAUGCAGGCGUUGGGCACGCUCAUCGAGGCCGGAAACAGAUCAUCCAUGCUACGCUUCGGCCUGUCAUUGGGACGAGGGCAAAGGACCUCGCACAAAAGAUUGAUGUCCGAUCCCACCGCGGUGUUUGAUGCGGGCAAGACGUGGGCUCUGCUUCAAGUACGACAGGCGAAAUUCUUGGUGAUGUUGCGAGACCCGGUGCCACUUGACGGAUUGCCUUUCAGCAGCUGUCUCCCUUAUGUUGGACUGUUCGUUUUUGGUUGCCUGUACCGAUGCGACAAGUGUAAAGUGUAA